CACGCACACGCACCCACCCACCCACACAUCGCAAGAGCCCCGCGAGCACUGCCGAGCCCAGUCUGCAUUCUAGCUACACCGUGAGUCCGUGACAGAUACCGACUCCAUCCAUCGAUGGCGGCGGCCGGGACCGGGAGGAAGCAGCAGCUGGCGGUCGCCGUCGUCGCGCUGGUGGCCAUGCUGCUGGUGGCGGCGGCCACCGCCCAGGACUGCGGCGUCAGCGGGGACACGCUGAACAAGUGCCUGUCCUACUGCGCGUACGGCGGCAACGCCAACGCCAACGCCUGCUGCGGCCCGCUCAGGAACGCCAACUUCGACUGCGUUUGCCGCAACUACUGGGGCAAGCUCCAGUCCAACCGUUACUACGCCAACUGCGUCUACAAGAUCAAGUCCAGGUGCGGCAUCAACAGGUCGUGCUAGCCAGGGGCCGGGACCCAUCGAUCGGAGCCACCAGCAGCGCCCAUUGUUGUGUCCGGUGAUCCCCUUGUAUUCUUGUGUUGCCUUGGGGUCGUUGUUAGUUACUCCUAUCUCUGAUCUUGAUGAUCAUCUAUCUACCUAGCUGAUCCACGCGCGGCUACCGAACCGCCGGAUCGAUCGUCCACUCCUGUGCUAGCUCUAUACACAUGCGUCAUGUGUGUCCUCUUUGCUUUUAUUUGUGAUUUUAUUACGUCUCUCCUGUUCAUGAUCAGUGGAAGUACGUCGUGCGAACAAUUGUGUACUGGAUGUAUCUGCAGUCUUCUGGUUAGUUGCGGCUCCACCGAGCUGCAUUCUGUGACAA